GUACGAGGAGCUGAAGGUGCUGGCUGGAGGGCUGAAGGCUGAUGCUGAUGGGAUGGCAGACAAGGCAGACAAGGCCUAUCAGGGCAGCCUGGUGCUCCUCAACUCCCUGUCCCGCCUGAAGGAAUCUGACAUCAGGUCCUUUGAGGGGGAGGCAUCCCGGCUGAGGCAGGAUGCCAGUGCUCUGCUGGGCCUGGCGGACACCUACAUGGCCCAGUACAAGCAGCUGCAGAGCAGCACGAGGCACUGGGAGGAAGAAACCAAAGAGCUGCUGCAGAGGGGAGAGGGCGAGAGAGCGAAGCUGACACAGCUGCUGUCCCGAGCCAACCUCGCCAAGAGCACAGCCCUGCAAGCUGUGAGCGCUGGCAACGCCACCUUCUACGAGGUGGAACAGAUCCUGAAGAGCCUCAAGGAGUUCAACCUGCAAGCAGGUGACAAGAGGAGGGAAGCUGAAGAUGCCAUGAGGAGGCUGCCCAUCAUCAGCAGCAUGGUCACCAGUGCCAGGGAGAAGACAGACCGAGCUGAAACGACCCUGGGCAAUGCUGCUUCCCAAUCCAAGGCAGCCAGCAGCACGGUGGGGAAAGCAAAGGAGAUCACCACAGGGAUCCAGCAGGAGAUUGCAGAGCUGAGGGUGGAAGCCAACAAGACAGCUGAUGGUGUCCUCGCCCUGGAGAAGGCAGUGGCCACCCUGCGGCGCGAGGCCAAGGAAGUGGAUGAUGAACUGGAGGGGAAGCUCUCAGAGGUUAAGGCAGAGGCUGCUAUGAUACAGCAGACAGCCCAGGACGCUCAGAGGGUCCAUGACAUGGCUGGCCAGGCAGGGGUGACCGUGCAGGAGACGCUGAGUGCCCUGGAAGAGCUGCUGCGCCUGAUGAACCAGCCUGGUGCUGUGGAUGAGCAUGGCCUGGAGCAGCUGGAGAAGAAUUUCCUUGAAGCCAGAAACAGCAGCAGGGAGCUGAAGGAGAAAAUGUUGGAGCUGGAGCAGACAGCCACACAGCAGAAGAACCAGAUGCAGAAACUGGAGAGCAGCAUUGACCAGGUCCUGGCCGACAUCAAGAACCUGGAGGAUAUCCAGAGGAGUCUUCCUCCAGGCUGCUACAACACAAAAGCCAUUGAAUUGCCAUGA